AAGUACUGACUCAGGAGUACAGACAGACACUGUUUGAUGAUACAAUUUGAAUAUUUCAGAUAUGCAGUAACAACCAUCCACCCACUGAGCGAUAUCUGGCUAUACGAACAUCGCCAUCACAUAUAACAAUCAAAAACGUACCGUAACACAGAUAGACACGCAAGAAACCAGCGGCGGCCGCGUUUUGCUUUUUAGAGAAAUCUUGGGGCGUGAUGUGAGUGUUCUAUACUUGUUAUCCACAUUGAUGCCAACAUCUACACAGGAUGAAUCUAUUCAAUCCAAUUCCUUACACCGCAGCCAACAAAACGGACGUGGACGCAGUAGUCCCGGCAUGCCAUUCUGGACAGUUGAACACCAUCUGGGACACGUAACUUUUGGCUGGUUUAUAUGGGCUACGAUUUUCGUGACACAGUGCAAAGGAUACAUGUUCCAUGUCACUCGAUUCGACUCCAGCAUGAUGAGAAGCAGCGCACAUCAUCCCAGAUUGUUCUGGCCUGCACUACAUGUCUUUCUGUCAACACGGGCGCUGAGGUUCAUGUCGGUCUACAUCCCAUCACGAAAAUUAUCCUAUCUAUCUCAUUUUCGCGUCCUUGAUUUGGGGUCUCAUUAUAUGUCUCACAUUUCAGCAAUGUCGAUCCAGUCACGAAAAAUACUAUACGGAAGCGCAAACCCGCAACACAGCUCGUCCAUGCCAUGACGCGUACGUUCUGGUCGAUCAGAAAUGGUAUCACGCACCGAUAAUUGCUCUU